AUGGAUCAAACUACAGUUCGUAACAGUCCUUACGCCAUCGGAGACGAUGGGGUCGGAAUGAGACCGAAUUCAUACGAUGCGAGAUAUUUAAUGUGCCAAAAACUUCUCAACUCCGGACUCAGUGCGCUUCAAAUCCAAGAGAUCGUCAACGCGAAGAAAAUGCAAAUUUCUGAGGAGAGCACUUCACAGCCUGAAGAAUCGCCGAGAAAACCAUCCGAGGACAUGAUCGAUACGAAUCCACUUUACCCGAAUUCAGCACUGGAAUACCAACUGCCAGCCACAUAUUCUCCUGCUGAGCCGAUUCCUCCUCAAGGCGACAGGGAACGCGACGGGCGCUACUCCAAGCCGUACAAAUGUAAGCUGUGUGAAAAAUCUUUCUCGACGCCUGGAUACUUGGACACACACAUGCGCCUGCACACAGGAGUGAAGCCAUACACAUGUCGAAUUUGCCAUCGAGGCUUUGCCCAACGUCCUGGCUACACCUACCACAUGCGCACCCAUUCUGGAGAAAUGCGCUACCAAUGCAAAAUCUGCUUCAAAAAAUUCAUCCAAAUCGGUACUCUCAAGCGCCAUUGUGAUACGCACGGCAUUCCAGCUAAAAAUGUCGAAGAAAUCAUCAUUCGCCUCAACCCAACUAAUACCAUGCCGAUUCCAAAGCCUUUGGAGAAAGAGCCUUCGCUUUCGCCUGAUUUUUCUACCAAGUCCGUGUCACCUUCUUGGAGGCCAUUGUCUACUUCAUCGCAGUCCUUUCCUCCGAGUUUUUUCCCGAAUACAUCCUUGCCGAAUCUAAGAACCCAAAGCUUGAGCUUUCCGAUCGGGAACCCUCUCAACACGGCUUCAUUCUUACAAAUGCAGAACAUGAUGACCAACCAGCGCGGAUAUCAUCAGCCCUUAGUUCAAUCAAACUCGGCACCAUUCUUGCUAAAUCCUAUUUCUCAGUAUCAAGCUAUGUUACAGUACCAACAAUACUGCAAUUUGAUCAAUGCUGCUUCAAAAUAA